GGCUCAGCUAUAAAACCCUGGGCGGCAUGAUCGCGACACCCCCCGGACACACACACGCGGGAUCCUUGGUGCGCGAUCCCGGGCUUGGCAGCUUCUUUGCUCUGGCGCAUCAUGUGGCUGCUGCUUGGUUUCCUGGCCCUUGCCACUGCCGGGCCCUUGGCUUACGCAGAGUCACAUUGGUGCUACGAUGUUCAAGUCAACUGCUCUGCCAGCUGCCUUGGGCCCAACCAGUGGGGUGGAGACUGCCAGAAGAAUCACCAGUCCCCUGUCAACAUCGUCACCAGGAAGGCGGUGAACUACAACCUGGGACGCUUCUCUUUUUCUGGCUAUGAUAAAAAGCAAAAGUGGACAGUGGAAAAUAAUGGGCACACAGUGAUGGUGUCGCUGGGAAAUGAGUCCAGGAUUUCUGGAGGAGGCCUGGCUGCGCCGUACCGGGCCACGCAGUUUCACCUGCACUGGUCUAAGGAGCUAGACAGGGGCUCGGAGCACAGCCUCGACGGGGAACGCUUUGCGAUGGAGAUGCACAUAGUACAUGAGAAAGAGAGGGGGACAAGGAGCAAUGAGAAGGAUGGGCAGACUCCUAAAGACCAGACUGCCGUGCUGGCCUUCCUGGUGCAGGAGGGGAACAAAACAAACAAGGGUUUCCAGCCCCUGGUGGAGGCUCUGUCCCAUAUCCCCAAACCUGAGAUGAGCACCACGAUGAGGGAGAGCAGCCUGCUGGACCUGCUGCCUGAAGAGGAGAAGCUGAGGCGCUACUUCCGCUACCUGGGCUCGCUCACCACGCCAAGCUGCGCUGAGACUGUGGUCUGGACCGUGUUCGAGGAGUCCAUCCAGCUCCACAGGGACCAGAUCCUGGCAUUCUCCCAGAACUUGUACUACAACAAGGAGCAGACGCUGAAGAUGAGUGAGAAUGUCAGGCCCCUGCAGCGCCUGGGAGAUCGACAGGUGUUCAGGUCCCGGGCUCCAGGACAGCUGCUGGCCUUGCCCCUGCCCACCCUGUUGGUUCCCACACUGACCUGCCUGAUGGUUGGCUUCCUCUGGUAACAACUCGGUUCUGGACUUACGACCCCUAACCUUAACCUUUAGAGGACCUGACUUCCGUUCCUUAUGCUUCCCAGACUGGACUUUGAAGAUGAUUUAAAAUAUGGAUAUAUUUUUGGAGAAA